CUUAGAUUUGUUAUUAAACUAUCAAAGACACGUAUUGAACGAACAUCCCAAGUCCAACAUAAAGUAUCACUAUCGGUGCGAAGAAAAAAGAGAAGGAGUACAUUUGUAUCGGAUUCCGCAAGAUAUUGUGCGUGGAAACAAUUUAAGAAACAGAGCCAUGGUGUCUCCUGUAGACAGUGCCUUACGAUCCAGAAAUUGGACACUUGCUUUUGCUGGAGCAGUUGCAGCUGCCAGCAUUUGGACCAUUUGGGGCGGAGAUAUGUUCCCGGCUGAGCCAGACCCCAAAGGAGAACCGGAGACUUGGACAAAAGAGCAAAUGAGGAGGUGGCUUGAAGUUCGUAACCUAUUCCCAAGCCCAUAUGAUAGCGAGGAGCAGCUCCUUGAGCGCAUCAGGGCCAACAUGCGCGUCCCGAAGAAGUAGAGGCAGAGAGGAUUCGGCACUUUGUAUUAUAAAUGUACCAUAAUAAAGUAGCAGGCGAUAAUCACUUAUCAAAAUAUAGUCAAUUCAAUUUUUUUCACAAGCU